AUGCAGCUUUGGCAUACUGCUCUCCAGCUCUGUCUGCUGGCUUCAGCAACAAUCCCGACCGCAGCAGCAUCCUCGUGGGGGUUUACUGAUGCCACCGUGUCAGUUCAAACCAAAGGCGCGGGUGUCGGUUCUGGACUGAAGGAAAAAAUCCCCGACAACAAGCCGCUCUCCAAACCGGUCGCGCUCGGAAGCUCCGAUACCCUUAAAGUGAUCCUCACAGCACAGGAAGGAAGCUCCGCCAAACGCGCUCACCAAGUCUUCCUCCUUCUGCAAGAUCCCAAAACUGGCUUAGAUAUCUCGUAUCCCUUUACCGUCAAGGACAAUGGCAAAUCCAGGGUUGAGCUGACUCAAAAAGACCUCCCUAUUCAAUUCCUCUCCGUCGCCGAACCCUUGGACGCCAGAUUUGUCAUCGGAUCGUUUGGAACCUCUCAGGCGUACAAUGAACCUGCUUUCCAGUUGACAGUGGCUCGCAACCCCGACGAACCAGUACCGAGCGUCGAGGCUUCGCGAUAUGGCAGACUGCCCGAGAUCCACCAUAUCUUCAAGUCUGACCCUCAGAGCCCGCCAGUCAUUGUAACUCUGGUUUUCAUUGGAAUGGUGCUGGCUGCUUUUCCAAUCCUCGGUGGCCUGUGGCUCUUCAUUGGUGUCAACCUCAACCAUCUGCCGACCGCCUUUAAAGCUGCUCCAAUUCCCCACGCCGUUUUCCUGGGAUCUCUGGUUUCCAUCGAAUGGAUCUUCUUCCUCUACUACUCCCACUGGACACUCUUCCAGAUUCUUCCAGCUGUCGCUGCGGCCGGUGUUGUCGCGUUCAUCAGCGGCAGCCGCGCUCUGGGUGAAGUGCAGGGCAGACGCCUUGCAGGUCUCAGAUAG